AUGACCCAAGACGACACUGGCCUCCAGGGCAUGCAGCGCUUCCGGAUGGGCAGCGUCGUCAGAGACUUUGAGCCGAUUGAGUCUGAUGUCCCCGGCGAAAAGAGCUUUGUGUUUCUUGAGGACGUUAAGUAUGCCUUCAACACUGAUGCUGCUCGAUUCGAGGCGGGGACCAUGGCUGUUCCGUUUAUGCGCGAUCCCGGCCACCGCAAGUACGUCCCUGAGCGGAUCGCUUGGCGUCCAGGUGUCAUUAUUGACAUUGUGCAAAAGCCAAAAGCAACAACAACAACAGCCGUACCGCAGCAAGCAACUGCACCACCGCCAGCGCCAUCAUCAGCACCGCCACCUUACACCUCUUCAUCGCCAUCCCCAACACUACCAUCGACCGUUGCUCUAUCGUCAACACCCAUAACAACACCAUCGCUCGUUGAUUCGCCAGUACUCGACCACCCAACGUCAAUCGCUCAACAACAACAACAAACGCCAACCAUCAUUGAGCCUCUUUUACAAGAGUCGAAAAAAGACACCUACACCCACACCUCGGAUGAUAUAUCCGAGCAAGCGCCUUCACAACUCUACAUCCAAGAGACCACCACUGUAACGGCGUCCCAGAUCGAUACCAACAGCCAAGAUGCAACUGAGGCACUUUUCGAAGGUUACGUCCAGUCAAGACUGGUGCACUUGGUGGGGAAAACCGAUACGAUGCUUCAGCUGCAACAAGAAGCGCUGGAUCGGUUAGUGAUUGUGCAGACCAAGGCGGAAGCGAUCUUGACCCAGAACUUCGAGUUACUCGAGUACACCAUCCCACACCUAUUUGUGGUCCUACCUGAAUCUACCUCUUCUCGAUGGGAUCCUUCUAACCUAUUGGGUACAAAAUUUUGUCUCCAUUUCAUUUGUGAAUGUGGAGAACACACCCGGACAGCCACGAGCAGGAUCCCGCACCACUUACACUUGGCCAAGCACGAUGGGUACGAAAUCCAGGAACCCAACGCGUUCUUUACCAAAUAUGCGGGAUUUCUCACCACCAUGCUCGAGAUUUUGAAGUUUGGCCUGAACAUCGCCGGUUUUGUGGUUCCGGCAUUAUCGACUUUGAACCUUUCGCAAUCUGGGGAUGCGUCGAUCAGUUCGAGGGAUGGGAACGGCAAGAACAUAGUUGAAGGGGUCGAUCGAUCGAUUUCGUUUCUGGAACAGUUCCUAUCUAAUCAUCCGGAUUCUUUGGCCCAAGUCGGUGGUAGUGAUGCAGUCUCGACUCUUAGUGGAGGAGCAAAAGUCCUAGAGGGACUCGAAGGUGUGGAUCUGAGACAGCUCGCAACUUAUUUGAAGGUUGGAGACUCGGCCAACCUGCUCGGGAACUUGUACCGCAUGACAACCAAAGAGGGUCACGUCAAAUGGGUCUGUCGAGAUCAUUACCGGGCGGGUUACCAAGAAGCCAACUACCAAAAGCUACACGGGAUUGUCAAUGCGGCGGGUGGAGUCUUUGAUGAGCAACUGGGCAAGAUCACGGUCACGAUCAAGUCGGGUAUUGCAGCUGCACAACUCUACGAUGCGAUCGGUACCUCUCGUGGGAUCCACGAGCUCGAGUUUACGAUGGCGUGGGAUCAGGAUAAUGAGGAUCUUGUCAAACUCAAGAAUAUGAUCAAAAAGUCGAGUAUCGUGGCGCUUACGUUGGAUCUGCAGCACAAAACUGGCACAGGGAUUGAUUUCAGUUUGUCGGGUAGUAAGCGGUACGAUCCUAUUGUGGCCAUCCUGCAACUCUCGUCCGUCACCGCAGUUCACAUCCUCAACGGCCCCAAGGACUUCUUUAAGCGAGCCAACUUGACCAAGUCGCAGAACUAUUCUAGUCUGCGAUCGAUCCACGUCGGAGAUUACUUCAAAGGAUGGGAUAAAAUGACGCAGUUUCUCAGGAGAGCACCAAACAUUGACCGAGUAACACUCAAGGCCUACGGGAACCGACUCUCAUCCGAAUGCUUCUGGCUCUCUUACUGCCGGACGGAACAGCACCGCCGCCCACUCACAGUCCAGUUCGGCGACAGUCCCGAACGGAUAUGGUUCCAGCUCACCUUACCCCCAGGCCAAGGCCAACAAGUGUUUUUCAGGGACCAAGCCCAUCUAAUCAGCUUACACGGCGCCGAUAUUGAGGUGCUCAGUCUGGACAAGCACAUGACCAACAACCUAGCGAUCGUUUUAGCAGAGGCGACUCGGACGAAAUCGAGGUUGUUUAAACUCGAUCUUGCAGGAUUCGAAUUUGAUCAACAGGGGAGUCAAGCAAUUGGAAGAGUCAUGGCCCAGAGUCCCUUGGUUGACUUGUCUCUUGCGAUCUGUCACGAGUACGAUUUCGGGCCCAUGGCGACUUUACCUUGGGGGACACUCAAGAAUCUGUAUAUCGACAAUCGGGUCUCGACUAACUUGCUGGGUUGUAUCGAGAGUGCCAUCACUGGGAUCGAGGCUCACUACGCGGCAGACAGGAAACCAAUCUUGGAUCGACUUAUCUAUCGUGGGGUAGGGAACAGUAUGGAUUCGUUCUUGAGAUUGGGGCAUUUCUUGGCUCAGUUUCCGAUGCUGUCUCGGAUGGAGUUGUAUUGUGGAUUGACGUUGAACGUCUGGUGCUUUUGGGUUCCAUUAUUGCUUAAACGGCCAAAGUUAAAGAUGCUUUCGAUUGGGUCCACUUGGACGGCGGAGGAGGUGCAAAUGAUUUUGGAUACUGUACCGGCGAGACCGUUUUUGAAAUGUUUGGUCAUGAGGAAUGCGCCUUUGACGGCGAGGCAGGUUGAGAUGAUGAGGGCUAGAGGUGUCCUUUUGUGUGCAACAGGGUCUAUUACUCAAGAGGAAAUCCCACAAGUGGUCAGGUCACAAUAA